GUACGGCACGAAGAUGUACCGACGAGUACAUAAUUAAUUGAUCACGGUAUACAUUAUGCAUCUAAAUGCACUUGCAAGCAGAAAUCGUAAAGGGUAGUAAUGGGUUCAAAAUCUAAAAUACUCCUGAAACUGUAUAAUUUUGCAGUUUUUGUUGGCAGUCAGCGGUAGCACGAGGGCGAACGGUCUGCCGCAUUGGAGGGCAAAAAUCGUACCCGCAUGGGUCUACAUUAAAUUUUCUUACGCAUAAUUAAGACUAUGGCAGCCAAGAUGCAGCAUUUCGAUCCGCCAAGCUCAGCAAGUUCUGACAGCGAGGAUAGAGAAAUUUGCGUGGACGAGAGAGAAAUUUUUCUAGCUGAUGAGCUCUGCGAAGAUGCUGAAUAUUAUAAACGUUCCGAUAUCGGAAUUCCUACACCGCAAUCUCCGAGGCCACCUUCAAGAGGAUCUCAGAGAUCUCCAAGAUCAAGAAGGCAACGUACUACCAGUUUAACACAGUCCAGUAAGAAGACCUCUGCAGAGUCCAUCCUUAGAAGUAAGACAAGAACAAUAUACACAGCUGGUAGACCACCAUGGUAUAAUUCAGCUGGACAACAAGUAGAACCUUUUGUGAUAGGUAUUUGCGGGGGUAGUGCAUCUGGUAAAACUACAGUUGCAACAAAAAUCAUAGAAUCUUUGGAUGUACCAUGGGUCACGUUACUUAGCAUGGAUUCAUUCUACAAAGUAUUAAACGAAAAGCAGCACGACAUGGCUGCACGUAACGAAUACAAUUUCGAUCAUCCUGACGCUUUUGAUUUCGAACUUCUUAAGACGACUUUACAGCGUUUGAAGGAGGGUAGAAUGGUGGAAGUUCCUAUUUAUAAUUUUGUAACACAUAGUAGAGAAAGUAGAACUAAAACAAUGUACGGUGCCAAUGUUAUUAUAUUUGAGGGAAUAUUCACUUUCUACAAUGUCGACGUUUUGAAGAUGUGCGACAUGAAGGUGUUUGUUGAUACUGACGCUGACGUGAGGCUUGCACGAAGAUUACGUAGAGAUAUAUCUCAAAGAGGAAGGGAUUUGGAGGGUGUAUUAAAGCAGUACAGUACUAUGGUGCAACCCGCUUUUUACUAUUAUAUAGCUCCCCUAAUGGUACACGCGGAUAUUAUUGUUCCACGCGGUGGAGAAAACGAGGUCGCGAUAGAACUUAUUGUACAGCAUGUACAUACUCAGCUUCAAUUGAGGGGUUUCAAACUCAGAGAAAAAUUAGCUCACUCGUCUAUCGGUCAGCCACUACCCUCUUCUCUUUACUUGCUUCCAGACACACCACAAAUUAAGGGUCUGCAUACAUUUAUAAGGAACAAAGAAACGUACAGAGAUGAGUUUAUAUUUUAUUCCAAGCGUUUAAUACGUUUGGUUAUCGAGUACGCCUUAUCUCUUUUGCCAUUUGAGGACGUGACGGUAGAAACGCCUCAGGGUGUAUUGUAUCCCGGAAAACGCGGGGCUACAGAUAAGAUAUGUGGUGUCUCCAUUUUACGUGCCGGUGAAACCAUGGAACAAGCUGUUAGAGAUGUAUGUAAAGAUAUAAGAAUAGGAAAGAUACUUAUACAAACGAACCAACAGACUGGAGAGCCGGAGCUCUAUUAUCUCCGGUUACCCAAGGAUAUUAAAGACUACAGGGUAAUACUAAUGGACGCAACGGUGGCAACAGGUGCUGCUGCCAUCAUGGCAAUCAGAGUUUUAUUGGAUCACGAUGUUGCCGAAGAGAAUGUGUUACUUGCAUCUUUGCUUAUGGCAGAAUCUGGUGUACACUCGAUCGCCUACGCGUUCCCACGCGUUAAAAUUGUUACUUCCGCCCUGGAUCCUGUGAUAAACGAGAAAUUUUACGUUUUACCCGGUAUCGGUAAUUUUGGAGAUCGGUACUUCGGUACCGAGCCAUCUUCUCUCGAAGAUUAACGCGGUUCAAAAGGAUCUGAUUCAUGAAUCUACUUAAUUAUUUAAUCUCUGUUGUUAUAAAGCAAAUGCAGUAAUUCCAUGUAUCUUUAAUAAAAAGUUGUGUUAUACCCGAG